AUGGUGCUGUCGUUCAUCUUGAUCCAGAAUCGGCAAGGUAAAACCCGUCUGGCCAAAUGGUACGCGCCCUAUACCGAUGAGGAGAAGGUCAAGCUCAAAGGCGAGGUUCACCGCCUGAUCGCACCGCGCGACCAGAAAUAUCAGUCCAACUUCGUCGAAUUCCGAUCCUCUCCGUCGCACUCGUCCUCAGCUUCGCCCCUUGUACGCCAAAACCUCUCCUCCACCAAGAUCGUGUACCGACGCUACGCGGGGCUGUUCUUCUGCGUGUGCGUCGACGCCAAUGAUAAUGAGCUGGCAUAUCUCGAGGCUAUACACUUCUUCGUGGAGGUGCUGGAUCAGUUCUUCGGAAAUGUCUGCGAGUUAGAUCUCGUCUUCAACUUCUACAAGGUCUACGCUAUUCUGGAUGAGGUGUUUCUGGCUGGGGAGAUUGAAGAGACGAGCAAGCAGGUGGUACUGACCAGGCUGGAGCACUUGGACAAGCUUGAGUGA